AUGACUAGCAAUUCUGCCAGCUUGCUGGUACUGAUCUUAUGGAGUACCCUGAAUGAGAAUAAAGGUCAGACACUGUCAAAAGGUUUUAGGUAUGCCUCUUAUGAAGUGAUCAUACCUAGAAAGCUGACUCCUGGAUAUGGACAACGAGAGCCCAGAUAUGUUACCUACCUUUUGCAGAUUGAGGGAAAGGGCCAUGUGGUGCAUCUCAGGCAGAAGAAGAGCUUUGUCCCUAAAAACUUCCCUGUUUUCACUUACAGUAAGGAGGGGGACAUCCAGGUGGACUAUCCUUUCAUCAGAGAUGACUGUUUUUACCAUGGCUUUGUACAAGGCAAACCUUUCUCUUCUAUCACCCUCAGCACAUGCUCAGGAGGACUCAGGGGUCUAUUGCAAUUAGAAAAUGAGACCUAUGAAAUUGAGCCUGUGCAGGCAUCUUCUACUUCUCAACAUGUGGUGUAUAGGCUGGAAGAAGAGGAAGGUGCUGUCCACAUGAGGUGUGGGCUCACCAAGGAAGAGCAAAGUCAUCAAGAGGCCAUGAUCCAAAACACAACGAAUAUAUUGACCCAAAGUGCUGCUGCAAGACGUUGGUGGGGGGACACCAGAUAUGUGGAUGUUGCAAUUGUGAUAGAACAUGAACGAUAUGUCAAGCUUGACAGAAAUGAAAGUCGUAUUGCUAUGCAAGUUCUGGAUAUUAUCCACACUGCUAAUUCACUCUAUGAACCACUUUCUGUUGAGCUGUCUAUAGCUGGACUGGAGAUAUGGUCAGAAAAGAAUCUCAUACAAAUUCCUAACAGCAUAAAUGACACACUUAAGAAUUUCAAUCUUUGGCGAAGAGACUCACUGGCUAAACAUAUAAAGAAUGAUGCUGGUCACUUAUUUCUGUAUAAGAGUUUUGGCAGUACACUUGGAUUAGCAUACAUAGCAACAGUAUGUAGUACCCUUUGGGCAUCUGGUGUUGAAUCAUACAUGACUUCCAGUUUGUUCCAGUUUUCUAACCUAUUUGCCCAUGAAUUAGGACAUAAUCUUGGCAUGCAACAUGAUGGAAUAUACUGUACUUGUGAUCGACGUGCCUGCAUUAUGGCUGCAGUUCAGACAAACACUGAUAAGUUUAGUAACUGCAGUUAUAAAGAUUACUUCAAACUAAGGAAUUCUCAUUGCUUGUUAAUUCCACUAGACCCUGAUAAAAUACAUAAACUCACAUCUUGUGGCAACCAAGUAGUGGAUGAUGGAGAGCAAUGUGACUGUGGUUCAAAACUUCAGUGCAAGUCAGAUCCAUGUUGCCAAUCUAAUUGCAUGUUGCAUUCAGAUGCUAGUUGUGCUUUUGGACUUUGCUGCGCUAAGUGUCAGUAUCUUCCAGCUCAUUCUGUUUGCAGAGAGAAGAUUAGUAUCUGUGAUCUUCCUGAGUAUUGCAAUGGGACUUCAGAGUGGUGUCCCAAAGAUGUUUAUGUACAAGAUGGUGCUCCAUGCAGUGGUGGUGCAUAUUGUUAUCAUGGGAAUUGCACAACUCACAAUAGGCAGUGCAAAAUGAUCUUUGGUAAGAAAGCAACAGUUGCUUCAGAGGUUUGCUUCAGAGAGAUGAAUGCUCGAGGUGAUCGUUUUGGCAACUGUGGCCUUAGCCAUGGAACUUAUAAGCGAUGUAAUGAUAAGAAUAUCCUGUGUGGUCGAAUCCAGUGUGAUAACGUUCAUAAAUUACCUUCUUUGGAGGAACACAGCACCAUAGUUCAGAUACCCAUUGGCAAUAGGAAAUGCUGGGGUACAGACUACCACAGUGGAAUGGAGAUACCUGAUAUUGGCGCAGUGAGAGACGGCACCCCUUGUGGCCCUCACACGAUGUGUAUUAAUGGGCAGUGUAUGAAUGUGUCCCUCUUGAGGUAUGAUUGUAAUGUCACAAAGUGCCAUAAUCGGGGGAUAUGUAACACUCAUAAACAUUGUCAUUGUAAUUAUGGCUGGGCUCCUCCAGAUUGUCUGAAUAGAGGCUAUGGUGGCAGCAUUGACAGUGGGCCCCCUCCACCACGCAGGACUGGCUCGAAAGUGGGAAUUAUUAUAGGAAUUGUAUCUGUCCUGUUUCUUCUGUUGGUGUUGGUUUAA